CAGCCCUCCGACACGGACACGCUCGUUUCACUGUAAACGAACACUGUCAGUUUUUUUCUCCCUACUUUCAGCAAGCAAUUUUCUUCUAAUUAUGGAUACCAACGCCGAAGACGUAGCCAUGAAAGAGUCGAAAAGACGAGAACGUCAAACAGGUUCAAGCAGAUAUGCUUUUCAUGAUGAUGAAGUGCUGGAGAAUCCAGAGAAUGGCAUUGGCUUUUGUGGCUGGGUGUUGGUUCUCAUCUCCAUGGUUUUCAUGCUGGCUACUCUUCCACUUUCCAUAUGGAUGUGCAUUAAGAUUGUUAAGGAGUAUGAACGGGCCAUUAUCUUUCGCCUGGGGCGGAUUUUGCGAGGAGGAGCCAAAGGACCAGGGCUGUUCUUCAUCCUGCCGUGCACAGACAGUUUCAUUAAAGUGGACAUGCGCACCGUCACUUUUGACAUCCCACCUCAAGAGGUUCUGACUAAAGAUUCUGUGACUGUGAGCGUCGACGGCGUGGUGUACUAUCGGGUCCAGAAUGCUACUUUGGCUGUGGCUAACAUCAGUAAUGCAGAUGCUGCUACCCGGCUUUUGGCUCAGACCACCCUGAGGAAUGUCCUUGGUACCAAGAACCUGGCUGAGAUCUUGUCAGACCGUGAGGAGAUCGCACACAACAUGCAGUCCACUCUGGAUGACGCCACCGACGACUGGGGGAUCAAGGUGGAGCGGGUGGAAAUCAAGGAUGUCAAGCUGCCCCUUCAGCUGCAGAGAGCCAUGGCAGCUGAGGCCGAGGCCACCCGUGAGGCGCGAGCCAAGGUGAUCGCCGCAGAGGGAGAGAUGAACGCUUCACGGGCGCUGAAGGAGGCCUCUCUGGUGAUCGCAGAGUCCCCGUCAGCCCUGCAGCUCCGCUACCUCCAGACCCUCAACACCAUCGCUGCAGAGAAAAACUCCACCAUCAUCUUCCCGCUGCCGCUGGAGAUGAUGAACGGGCUCAUCAGAAAGUGAAGUGCAGCCAUGAAACGUCCAUCGUGCAUCAAGUACACACACACACGAAGGCCCUGCGCCUACUCACCAUUUCUCUAAAUCUACAGUACUUUCAAAAAAAAAGUGUGGGAGUUUAUUGUUAUUAUUUGGAAAUGUUUUCAUUUCUGUGUUCAUUUUUUUGAUUGCCACAGAACUCUGAAAACACAGGUCUCGGUCUCAGUGCGCACUUUUCUCGUGUUAUUGUAGCUUUUAUCAGCAUUUAUGCCACAAAUGUACUUGCAGAAGUGAUACUAGGUCAUGCCGAUUCACACAUCAUUAUCCUGUUUGUA